AUGGCAAAGGAUAAAGCCAACUCGUCUACUUCGGCUACUGCUCCACAAGUCAAGAGCCCCACAAGAGAUGAAGGAAAGUACUUUGAGCUGGUCGGUGCCAAGGAGGGCGAGGUUGUUGUCCGUUUCCCGCCCGAAGCCAGUGGAUUCCUGCAUAUUGGCCAUGCGAAGGCGGCCCUGCUCAAUGCCCACUACCAGCGACUGUACAAGGGUCGACUGGUGUUUCGCUUUGAUGACACCAACCCGGAGAAGGAAAAGGAGUCCUUUGAAAAGAUCAUCGAAGGAGACGUUGAACUGCUAGAAAUCAAGCCAGACCACAAAAGCUACACGUCUGAUCACUUUGCCGACUUGCUGAAGAAAGCCGAGGAGAUGAUCAAGAAUGGCAAAGCCUACGUGGAUGACACUCCUCCGGAGCAGAUGAAGGCCGAUCGUGAGGCUCGUGUUGAGUCAAAGAAUCGCUCCAAUGACGUCGCCAAGAACUUGGCCAUGUGGAAGGAGAUGGUCGACGGUUCCGAGCUCGGUUUGACGUAUUGUCUGCGCGCCAAGGUGGACAUGACCAGCGACAACGGCUGCAUGCGAGACCCCACCAUUUACCGGUGUAAGCCACAGGAGCACCCGAGGACGGGCAACACCUACAAAGUCUACCCCACGUACGACUUUGCCUGUCCCUAUGUGGACAGCGUUGAGGGCAUCACCCACGCCCUGCGCACUAGCGAGUACAUGGACCGCGAUGUACAGUACUACUGGUUCUGUGACGCCAUGGGCAUUCGCAAGCCACAGAUUGCCGCCUACUCACGACUGAACCUCAUGAACACGGUGCUCUCUAAGCGAAAACUGACCUAUUUUGUCCAAGAGGGAAUCGUCGACGGAUGGGACGACCCGCGAAUGCCCACCGUUCGCGGUAUUCUCCGUCGCGGCCUAACCGUUGAAGGGCUGAAGCUGUUCAUCGCCAGUCAGGGCUCCAGCAAGGCAGUGGUCGUCAUGGAGUGGGACAAGAUUUGGGCGUUUAAUCGCAAAGUCAUUGACCCUCUCGCUGCGCGAUACUCUGCCGUCGAGUUGGCGGACGCGGUGCGUGUGCAGCUGGAGGACGAGGUGCCCGCCGGUCAGGUGCUGACGGUGGCACUGCACCCAAAGAACGCCCAACUGGGAAGCCGCGAGGUGCCACUUGGCAGGCAGCUGCUGAUUGACCAAACGGACGCCCAGUUGAUCCUCCCCGACACCAAUGUCACCUUUAUCAACUGGGGCAAUGUGAACAUUGUCUCGGUGGAGAAGGACGCCCCCAGUGGUCUGGUCACCGCCAUCAAGGGCCGCCUUAAUCUGGACAACAAGGACUUCAAGAAAACGCUGAAGGUGACCUG